AAAAAUCAGACGGCCAAAUCGUAAUUACCCCUCCUUUAAAUUGUCCAACCAUCAACUUAGAACCCUAGGGCUCUUUGCCGCAGUCUCUUUUGGGUAGCCUGUUUUCUCGCAGUUUAGCUCCGAGGUUUUGCGAAAAUCUUCGUGGAGCUUUUCGGUAAUGGCAUCAAAACAGCCUAAUUCUGGCCUCUUUGUGGGUCUAAAUAAAGGACAUAAAGUGACAAAGAAGGAGUUGGCUCCUCGUCCUUCUGACAGAAAAGGGAAAACUAGCAAGAGAGUUAGUUUUGUCAGGGGCCUCAUCAGGGAGGUAGCUGGCUUUGCUCCUUAUGAGAAGAGGAUCACAGAGCUUCUAAAGGUUGGCAAAGAUAAGCGCGCACUAAAGGUGGCGAAGAGAAAGCUAGGUACUCAUAAAAGAGCCAAGAAGAAGCGUGAGGAGAUGUCUUCUGUCCUUCGGAAGAUGAGAGCUGGUGGAGGUGGAGAGAAAAAGAAAUGAGUAUUUAGCCCAGAUAUCAUUCUUCUUGAAGUUUCGAUGCAACAUUUGGGGGUGAUAAUUUGUUGGUGCCUGUUGUCGUUUUGAAAUUUUGCCGGUGAUUUAGUUUGUAAUCAGAACAAAUAUUUGCUUAUACAAUUACAUCAACCAUUGAGCUUUCUUUGA